AUGGCAGCUGAAAAACAAGAGAAACAAGAGCCCAUAGACUCACCAACCCAAGUUCUUGACUAUGCUUGCAAACCAUGGAGGCUCAGUUCCCAGCGUGUGGCAGAUCUCUAUCAUUCCGGAACGGCAUUUUGGUCAAAGGCCGAUUUAGAAGACAUUGAGAGGCAGUUGGAGCAGUCAUUUCAUCUGGAAGUAUUUACACUUCGGGACCUUGAAGGCAAACAAAUUCAAAUCAAAAACCCCGUCUUUCAGGUUGAGCGGCCGAUUUGGCGACCCUACGUCAGGUAUCAAGACUACUGGCCUCUGGUGCUAUAUGAGCCUGAAACCCCAGAGGAGCUACACAAGUGCUCGUAUAUAAUCGGUUGGAGGAAUACGGCUGGCGAUGGUUUUCAACACAAGAUUGAAAACUGGCACGAACUUUUCGAGAUCAGAAGCCAGCUUUGGAACACAAGCAUUACUUGCAAAUCGCUCAAAAUGGAGUUGAGCAAGCUCUUAUUUGAGAGUCAGUACCUACGCACUCGGAAAAUUACCAAAGUCAUCUGUUUUGGGCUCGGAGACUGGGUAGGUGGUCCCCAUAUGGAGAUCUAUAAAUCAAAACGGGAGAUUUCUUUUGCUCAGAUCGCUUUUGGUCCCAUAACACAGCAUGUUAUGGCAUUUACGAUAGCAGAAGAGAUCAGGAGAUACAACCCCGGUGUCCGUUUGAUUGCGCAAGACCCUGCGUAUAGGGACUGCGCAGUAAAUUUCCUACAGGAAAGGGGAUUUGAAGUCAAAGGGCAGUUUGGAGCUGGCGCUUUUGUGGACGUUGACGACGAGUCUCUCGUGAUUUCCGCAUCUGCCUCGGCACCGAUUAGACAAAUCGUCGCUGACAUUGCUAAACCAGCUAUGUUUAUCGGGAGUUUCUAUGAUGGCGGCAUUGUGGCGGAUGAUAAGAGGUAUGUGAUGUUCCUUUUACCACAGAAAACUUCAAAAUGUGUAAUAUAUAGCAGACUAAUCUUUAGAAAUAGCAUGCCGUUCCUUGACGCAGAUUCACCUCGAACCAUGGAGAUGUGGGAGUCCUAUGACAGAAUAGAUUUCCCAAUAUCGCGUAUGGAACGUGAGCUGUUGGAUUUCGGCAGGGUUUUGAAGGUGUCUAUGUUUUCUCGAAAAUGA